AAAUCAUCGUCUUCCAUUCGACUGACUCUUCCUUGCAACCAACCCAAUCCCAGCACGUAGCUAAGCAUCACUCGACCAGCGCCAAUCUCCAUCUCCAUCUCCAUCUGACCAAGACGAAGAAGGUAGCAGUAGCAGAGCUCCAUCAAUGGCGGGCGUCGGUCGCAACAUGGUGGCGCCGUUGCUGGUGCUGAACCUCAUCAUGUACAUCAUCGUCAUCGGGUUCGCGAGCUGGAACCUCAACCACUUCAUCAACGGCAUCACCAACCGCCCCGGCGUAGGCGGCAACGGCGCCACCUUCUACUUCCUCGUCUUCGCCAUCCUUGCCGGGGUCGUCGGCGCGGCAUCCAAGCUCGCCGGAGUGCACCACGUCCGUACCUGGCGUGGGGACAGCCUCGCCACCUCCGCCUCUUCUUCGCUGGUGGCCUGGGCGAUUACCGCCUUGGCCUUCGGGCUGGCGUGCAAGGAGAUCCACGUCGGCGGGUACCGGGGGUGGCGCCUCAGGGUGCUGGAGGCGUUCGUCAUCAUCCUCGCCUUCACGCAGCUCCUGUACGUGCUUGCUCUCCACUCUGGGCUCUUCGGAAACCAGUUUGGUAAUAACAAUGGUGGGUAUCCGGCGGAGCACGCUUACGGCGCCGGCGUCGGUGACCACCACAACAAGGGCAUGGACACCGGCGGCGUCGCAAGGGUCUAAAUAGGAUAGACUUGGCCGUGGCAAGCGACGGGUGGAUAAUAAGUUGUACUGUACUAGUACGUAUUUGUGUUAGUUGUGUCACGUACGGUUAGAGAGCAGAAGAGUAGGUUGUAUGCAUCGUCGAUCCAUGGCAUGGCAGUGGGGUAUGUGUGUGAGCAUAGUACGCAUGUACUACUCAUGGUUCCCUUCUUUUUUUAGGGGGACCUGGUAUUACAUACGCACGUACAUGCAUGUUGUACUACCGGCUGGUUCUUGUUAGUGUUUUAUAAAUGAAUGGAAAAUCUAA